AUGGGGGGGUCUUUUCUCCAACCUCCCUCAGAAGCCGGCCCGAAUUCACUCGCUCGCACGGACGCGGGGGCCGAGCGCACAGCGACCCGCGCCGCCGCGGACCGGCGGUGCCGGCAGGGGGUCGGGGGUCCGCGGCGACGACCCGUCGGCGACAAGUCACCGGCCAACGGCGGCGGCCGGAGGCGGCGGCAGGGACCCCGGGAGGCGGGCGACACCAAACCCAACGCACGCGAGCACGCUCACACGCGGACACCGCCGGCACAGAGCGGACAGGGCCAGGCACGGGAACCGGGGUCGCGCCGGGCACGCGGCGGCGACACGCCGAGAGAGCACAACACCCCGGAUCCGGGACAGGGGCGGGGACGAAGCCACACGGCUCGAGACGGAGGAGACGAUGCGAUGCGGGCAAGCCUACACACGGCAAAGCGGGAGGGAGGCGCGGGAACCCGGGACAACAUCGCGCAGGCACGCGAGGCGGCACCCAGCGGGAGGAGGCACGUCGUGACGCCGGCUUCAGGCCCCUCGGACGGCCAACUCCCGAGCGAGGGACGCACGCGGGAAUUCUCACCACCAUCGCCCCCGUGGCGUACCGGCGGUCCCGCUGGCAGGAACCCUCGUCGUGAGCAAAACCGAUCCGGGAAGACCCUUCAAAAGCCACCGCCGCCGCGACGACGUGCCUCCCCCACACCGGGGGAGCAGCCUCACGAGCUGAGCGCCGUCCCCCCCCCCACGAGAACACCAACACAACGCCCGACUCGACCGUCCGCCGGUGGCCGGCCACCAGGCCAAACCAGCGAGGAUCGCGGAAGGCUGAUGCGGGUGAGGAGGGCACGCCGGAAGCACAAGAGCAGCAGCGGGAGGGUCACCGGGUCGGGUCACCGGGGCGAGAGGCGAGUGAGCGAGCGGCCACCCCCUCACACGGCCGGCACGCCAGGUAAACGAACGCGGGAUCUCACCACCCCCAACUCCGGGGCGGUCCCGCGCAACGCCUGGGACACCGAGCCGGCCGACCAGCGGACCGGAAACCCCCACCGCGGCAGCGGCGGGCCCCCCAAAAGAGGCCCGAGAGGGAAAAGGCAGCUCUCGCACACACCUCAAAGACCCCGUGAACGCCCGCGGAGCCGCCCGCGCCAGCAGGGCCCCACCGCCUCCAUCCACACCACACCGCCGGGCACAGCACCCAUCAUCGACCGCCUCUUUUUCGGCCGCGUGAGCAAGGGCCCACACACACCGGGAUCCUCGGCUCCGGGGGGCCAGAACCCCCCCGAGCGGCGCACCACCACGGGCACGGCGGCCCCGGAACACCGCGGGGCCCAGCGCCCGCACGGCGCCGUCGUCGCCAACGGGCGGCGGCCCACACAGACGCUCGGGAACAGCGUCGCCAGGGGCCGGAGGGGGAGGGGGACGGGACCCCCAAAAACCCCACGGCAACCCAAGCACGAGGCCGGGAAGCCACACACCACACGCCCUCGCAUCGCGACACGGCACGGGCUCCAGGCUCCACCACUCGACACACCGCACGCGAGGCAGGGGCGGGGACGGAUCGGGAACGUCCUCCACUCACCACACCAGACGACGGCCCGGGAGAGCAGAGACGUCAAUCUCAACGGUAACUUCUCACUCGCACAAAAGCCCCACGAACCCGAGGACGGCCGGGACACACCACGGGCAGCAGGCUGGCACAAGGCAGCGGACAACGCCAGGAUCGGGAACGACACCACCACUCAGCCUCAGGCACCUGAGAGAACCAACCGGGAGCGUUCCGGGAGCACCGCAAGAGGGCAGAGCGCGAGGCGCGGUUUUUCACACUACACAGCACGGGCAAGCACGGAGCACCGACCCUCCCUCUCCGCGGAGAGAGCCGACCCCCGUGCCGAUAACAAGUCACGGGAAGAGAGGAGCAAGAUCAGGGCGCCCCCCUCCUCCAGCGUGUACAAGUCCCCGACCUCACGGCGAGGGCAGGGAGAGCGCAGCCGGGCCCGGUUGCCGCACCCCCGCCUCCCCGCACACCACCGGCGCCGGCACGGUGGGACGGGGGGGGGGGUCCGAGUCCGGGCCGGGACCGGCCCCACCACCUAUCGGCUCACCCGGGGACCCUCUCCCCCGACUCCCGAGACGUCCCUCGUACUCUCCUUUUUUCGCCCUCAAAGACCAGAGUCCAGGGAGGGGAGGAGGACAAGGCGUCGGGCCCAGACAGAACUACUGGUCGACCCGACAAAGCUGCCACCCCCCGCACAGACCGGGCACCGAAGAGAGAGCGGCGACGCACGGCCCCACCCCGCGCUCGCCUGCGGGCGCAAAGUCCGACAGAACAGCCGCCCCGGCGCCACAGCGACACCACGGCGACAGUCGCGCCCGGCACCCGGCAGAGGCCGGGCCUCCGCCCGGCUCGCUGCCGCCAGACCUCCUCCUCCUCCACUCGCUCGCUCGGCUGAGAACGAGGGGACUGUCAUAUCAAAGCGGACGCCAGGGGGAGCACGACAACCGCCUUCCAACGACCGACUCCACCGAGCCGCCGUACCCCGGAUCGGCGCGCGCCGGCCGGCUCUGAGCUCCGGAGACACAGAACACGGAAACAAAUCGCCUCACUCACCACCGCCACGCACCGAGUGGCACAACCUAGGUCAGGACCUGCAGCCGGGUCCUCUCUGCGACCUCACGAACGACACCAGAGCCACCAGAGACCUAGACCGAGAUCGGGCCGCCGCCGCCGCCGCCGCCGCCGCCGCCGCCGCCGCCGCCGCCGCCAGCGACCAAAGUGAAACCAGGAACCAGGACGAGAUUCGCCCGAACGGAGCGGCCCGAACCCGAGAACCGGGAAGCUGGGAUCGGUCCCAAGCAGGAAGGGGCGGCAAAGACGGCAGGCCCGCACCACGAGAGAAAACGAACCGGCCACCCGCACGACCUCCGCCGCCCGUGGCAAGACCCCCACCCCCGCCCAACAUGGCCAGAAAAGGGCAAAUGGAAACCAGAAAGAGAAGAAAAAAAAAAAAAAAAACUCCCAAAGAUGGGUCGGCUCCAGCAAGAGACGAGCCGUCGGGAGGCACCCCGCUCACUUGUGAAAGUCCGCUCCUCGCCCGCCCCACAACACACUCCCUCCCCCC